AUGGCUUCUCUCUGGCACGUCGGUUCCCCGCUACUUACAAGUGACUACAAGCUGGUUGCCAAGGGCGUCAUAUGUUGCAUCAGGACCCUUGAACCCUUUUCUCCUAGGACAACUACUUACACAGUGGUUCUAUUGAAUAAUGGCGCUCUGGCCGAGGAAGUUUCGGGCUAUGAACGCGCAAGCCCUUGGCAACUUCCGACCUCGGCCCUUCAUGACUAUCAUGGAGGGGUUCCGACUGGAUCAUCGUUGAAGAGUCCUUACAUGAUGACAGAAGCGCAAAGUCUAGCUGUGACUACAGGGCAGGGCAAAUCUCCGGCCGGCACUCUUACCGACACCAUGAAUAUGCACGGGCAUGUUCUCGGCCUGUGCAUCGAGCGAGCGUUAUCAAGUACCGGAAGAUAA